UUCAACAAACAAACAUUUCCGUUGGCGUUGGCUCCUAAAAAGCGCACAGUUCAAUUCAGUAAUACACAAAACUUGAGACUCCGACGCUGCAGCAUAGGAAGGAAGCAAAGCCGAGAACGAUGUCGUUUCGGUCGGAGAACGUGAACCCUAACCCUAGUCCCACUCCUCCAUUGAAGAAGCGGUGGUCAGACAUAUGGACGAAAUCGAAACCCCUAAACCAAAUGGUAAUGGCGAUGAAGCUCCACUCCCUCUCUUCUUCUCCUCGCAUCAGCACCACCGACAAAACCAACCCUAUUCUCUCCCCAUUCCCCAUCACCGAUCGAACCCUUCUCUUAUCCGACGCACUUCUCCUCAAAAUCAUUGCACUAGUCUCCGAUUCCUCCACUCAGCGAAACUCAAACUCUCUGGUCUGCAAGCGGUGGCUCAACCUCCAAGGCCGCCUCGUCCGCUCCCUCAGAAUCUCCGACUGGAACUUCCUCCUCUCCGGCAGACUCAUCCACCGCUUCCCCAAUCUCAACCACGUCGAUUUGCUCUCCGCCGCCUUAAUCUCCCCCAAAAAUUCGGGCAUUCUCUUAAGCAACCGCGUCAUUUCCAUGCACCUCGAUUCAAACUCUUCCCCUAAUUGGUGCUUCUUCGAGGACAACAUGCUCCCCGUCGAAGUCAUCGACAACGGCCUCACCUCCCUCGCCAGCGGCUGCCCUAAUUUGCGCCGCCUCCACGUCAUCGGCACCACCGAGAUCGGCCUGCUCACCGUCGCCGAGGAGUGCUCCACUCUGCAGGAACUCGAAUUGCAGCGCUGCAGCGACAAUGUUCUGCGCGGGAUCGCCGCGUGUGGGAAUCUGCAGAUUCUGAAACUCGUUGGGCACGUUGAUGGGUUCUACGAUUCGGUGGUGUCUGAUAUUGGGUUGACUAUUCUUGCUCAGGGGUGCAAGAGGCUCGUCAAGUUGGAGCUUAGUGGCUGUGAGGGGAGCUUUGAUGGGAUUAAGGCUAUUGGGAAGUGUUGCCAAAUGUUGGAGGAGUUGACCUUCUCUGAUCAUAGGAUGGAUGACGGGUGGCUCGCCGCAAUUUCGUACUGCGAGAAUUUGAAGACUUUGAGGUUUCAGUCUUGUAAGAAGAUCGAUCCCAAUCCGGGUAUGGAGGAGUAUUUGGGUUGUUGCCCCGCGCUCGAACGGUUGCAUUUGCAGAAAUGUCAGUUGCGGGAUAGGAAGAGUGUCGUGGCUUUGUUUUCGGUGUGCAGGGCUGUUAGGGAAAUUGUUAUUCAGGACUGCUGGGGAUUGGAUAAUAGCAUGUUCAGUCUUGCAAUGAUUUGCUGGCGGGUAAAGUUGUUAUACUUAGAAGGGUGCUCAUUGCUAACAACAGAAGGUUUGGAGUCUGUGAUUCAUUCGUGGAAGGAUCUUCAGAGCCUUAGAGUAGUGUCAUGUAAGAAUAUAAAGGACAAUGAGAUCUCUCCUGCGCUUGCAACCUUGUUCACCACUCUCAAGGAAUUGAGAUGGAGCCCAGAUACCAAAUCACUUCUUCCAUCCAGUGUUAAGGGGAUAACCAUGGGAAAGAAAGGUGGUAAAUUUUUCAAAAGGGCACGAUAACUAAAUCUUAUAUCUAGGUCAUUGUCUUAGAAUCAGAUUAUUUUCACUGACAAUAGUGGAAAUUGUAUCAAUUUAUUUGUAAUCACUUUAUAACGGUUAACUUAGAUGUUGACAGUGCAAGUUUGUUCUUUUCUUUGUCAUCUUCCUUUAUUCCAAGGGAGAAGCCUAGAUAUGUAAUAAUAAAUAAUAUAAAAGUCUUAAGCAGUUCACUCGUUGAAAUUUGGUAGGGUACCUUGUUCCCUUGCAUUUUUUUCCUCUUUGACAAGGUGUACUUGAAGAAACCAUGCUACCGUUAUCUGUGGGCCAGUUAUGGCACUUUAAGAUGCUUUGAACUUCUUAUGAUUGUUCACA